AUGACAUGGAAUCAAUUUAAAGAGAUCAUUUAUGAAAAAUACUUCCCUCAGUGCUUCGAAGAUUGUAAAGUGUCAGAGUUUGAGCAAUUGAAACAAAACAAUAUGUCUGUAGCCGAGUAUGAAGCUAAGUUUACUGAGUUAGCUCGAUUUGCUCCUCAUAUGGUGGAUACGGAUUACAAAAAAGCCAGGAAGUUCGAAGAGGGCCUCAACCUAGAUGUGUUUGAUCGAGUCGAGAUUAAUGAAAUUGAGAUUGUCUUGCGAGAAUAUGGUGGAGUCUUAGCUGCUAUUUCUGCACAGUUGGUUAUCAUUGAAGAACUUAAAGAAAAACAACUAAAUGAUGAAUUUCUAAAGAAGAUGGUUGAUGAGAUUGAUUCAAAAUCGAGACUGGGAUUUGUGUUUGAAGGCAAUAUCCUGAAAUUUCAAGGAAGACUUCGUGUACCGGAUUGUUCAGAAUUGAGAAAACGUAUUAUGACCGAAGCUCACAGUUCCAAAUUUGUUAUUCAUCUAGGAAACACGAAGAUGUACAAAGAUUUGAAACAGAAUUUCUAA